GAAUAUACGAAUUAAAUUUCUUAUAUUAGGUCCUGGACGAAUUUAUUUCACUCCGGUGCUCUAAAAAUAGCAAAUUUAAAUAUAAGCCUUUUUUGAGUUCUAGGUUAGUCUUUGUAGGAACCGACGAUAUGGUGUUAUUUAAGGAGUAAUGGGGCUUUUCUGUAUCAUUUUCCACUAUUCAAUUGGUAUACAAAAUCAUAAUACUCUACGGCCUCGGCGCACAAUAUAUUUUAUAAUACUGUAUUUCUAAGGACGUGGAAAAUUUUUUCAAAACUGAGACAUAUAUGUACAAAUAGGGAUAAUGGUUAUUUUUUCUAACAGAGGACGACAAAAUAUAUAACUGAAAACUUUUUUGUGACCUGGACGACAUUUAUAUAUACACAUUCUGUGCCACGGCGACCUUCUGCUUCUUGAUACAUUUGUAAUAUACCCGAUUUUAACUUUUGCUCUCCGCUUUUAUCUUGGGCUUGGAUUGUGUAUGAGAAGUUAAUGGACUAAGUCAAUACAAUUCACCAUUAAAAUCCAUAACAUUUCAAUUGACUUGAAUAGUGAAUCUGAAUUCCUUUUUUUUGCGUUAGAACUUGAUAAAAUUUGAUAAAAUACGAUAAAUAAAAAUAUAAGAUACGAUAAAUAAAGAUAAUGUAAGGCGAUAGAAUUGAAAUACAAUAUGUCGUUCGAUUUCAAUUACAAUUUUUCAUAUACCGUUUUAUUGAACUGUAUCGAUAUUUCUCGCAUUUUAUUGCAUUUAAUCAGUAAGUUGUAAUGGAAAAAGUAGAAUUAAGAUUCACUGUUAAAUUCAAGUCGAUAAGUAAUCUAAUCGACUUCUAUUAACUUUAACCAAAAGAGCUUGCACUCAUGUCUUUAACUUCAUUGCUUUGGUAUAUUUUUAAUAAAUAGGCUUUUUCCGUAUAGAUGCAUUUUUUUAAAAUACCAAUUUCUUUAUAGAUGUUCAAGAACAGCUUAACGAUACAACCAAUGAAGUUGAGAUGAACUACAACAAAAAUUUUAAUAAAAUAGGGUUUUUACGGAAAUCUGAUCAGAAGGUGCAUAUAGGGCGAAAUAUAUGGAUAGAUGAAGGAGUAUACAAUGGCGUAUUAAAUAAAGCCAAUAACAAACCAUCGUUAUGCGUAGACAGAAUUCUUAUAGCUGUAUUCGGGGAGACAGUUUUAAUGACAUCAACAAAAUCUGGAAAACCCAGUAAUAGAACGCUGAAAAACAAAAAUAGUGAUGAAAAAAAAAAUGAGAUAAAGCAGUUAGAUCAAACAAAGUUACAAGCGUGCCAAGAUUUUUACAAUUAUUGGCUUAAAAAUGUUUGGCUUGCUCCAGAAGACGGCGACAUUUUCGAAGAAAUGCGACUUUUUGACAAGUAUGUUUCGGCAAAAACAGCUUAUUACAAAAAGCAAGGUGAAAAAGGAGACAUUACACCAAAAUCGAAGGACCCUGCUAAAAAAAAGAAAACAAAAAAACAAAAGAAAGACAAAGACGACAGUAUCCAGAAAGUGGAUGCUGAAGUAGAACUGAAUGCUAAAAAAUUAGUAAACACAGAAGCGGAAGAGGGUAGGAAAAUGCAGGAAGCGACGAAGGAUAAGGAAAAUCAAUUUGAAAACUCUGAAGUCAACCGCAGUUUACGAGAAGAAGAGAAGAUUACUGAUGAGGAUAAAGAAAGACCAUCAACAAGUUAUGAUGUAGGAAAAUUUGCUUUUAUUGCAGCCCAGCCAGACGAGGAUGAUAGUUCUGACGGCAGCACUAUUCAUCUCUCCGAAAUGGAAUCUGCAAGUGACCCAUUGAGGGAUGCAGAUUAAGAGAGACAUUUUAUACUUUAAUAUUUAUCAUUCAUUUAAUAAUAAAUGUCAUUAUUAUACUAUAGCUACGUUAUUUAAUAUUCGCAAAAAUUAUUAAAAUCAUAAUUUAAAAUAAUAAUCAUAAUUGUAAUUCAAAGGAAAUACAGAGU